AUGGCGGCCAAUUGGUCGACUUGCGCUGCAGCUCUAGUGGUCACGUGCACGCCGCCUGACCUCCGUGACGUCACGUCCGCGCACCAAGAUCGUCGUCUCCGAUCGGUUGGGAAUCGCGCGGACACGCGCGGAUUCAAUAUGGCCGCCCCGCUCGGAGGGAUUUUUUCGCGCGCAAAUCGCUGCGGGGGCGCCGAGCGGGAAACAAAGAUGGCUCACUUAGGUCGCGGCGUCGGACGUGAUCCGUUUGCGGGAAAAAAUACACCU